AUGUCUUCAACGAAUAGUACAGCACCACCCACAAGACCGGCAACACUCGAACCAGCUACAAGUAACACCACGUCUUUCUUGACCAUCAUCUGCGUUGUCUGGAGUUUGGCCUUCAUAACCGCGCUGGUCCGCUUCUACGUGCGUGCCAUCCUGGUGCGCUCCUUUGGCAAGGAUGAUGUCUUUAUGGUGCUGGCAGUGGUGAGGGGUUUCGUAGCGUGGAUCAUCGCAUGCCAGAACGGAUACGGGCGCCGCCAGGUCACCAUACCCUGGGCGAAUUUCGUCAUAGUACUCGAGGCGCAGUGGUUCCAAUCUGUCGUCGAAGCGUGCUUCGCAUUCGGAUUCCUCAAGAUUUCCAUCGCCCUCUCGCUACUACGGCUAAGCAGAGGGACUUGGUAUAAGUGGAUAUUGUGGUGUCUUAUAGCAUUUACCUGCUUCUAUACCCUCUUCGCCUUCAUCACCUUCCUUACCUUCUGCCAGCCCAUAGAAGGGGUGUGGAACCCGGCCGUCCGACCCCGGUGUUACAGCAUGUUUCUAUACCGAAAUUUUGGCCUGUUCAACGCUGCAUGCAACAUUUUCACCGACAUCACCUUCGCCACGUUGCCGGUUCCCCUCAUAUGGAGCCUCCAGCUGCAACGAAGGAUGCGGAUAUAUCUCAUUGCCAUCCUCAGUGGAGGAUACUUUGCCGUCGCCUUGGGCAUCGUCAGGGCCAUCUUCAUUAUAGGGUUUGUUCAUGAGAGGGACGGGACAUUCUACCCCUGGGCACCCUUCUUCGAAUCACUUCAGGUCGACAUCGGCAUCAUCGCUGCCUGCGCACCAACCCUUCGGCCCCUUUUCGGCCAGGCCCUCCACUUUCCCACGACCAACUACCGCGGCGCCAACUACUACCGGGCAGGCAAAGCUCUCAACCGGCUCCCCGCAAACGGCAGUGCUGCCCGCGCAUACCAGAGGCGUAACACCGGCUCCGGCGAGUUUGUGGAGCUGGUCAGAUGCGAAAAAACCUGGUCCACGGCCCACUGCGGCGAUACGGGUUUUAUGGCCACAGCCGUACAUGCCGAGCAUGCUCCGAGACGAGAGGCCAAUACUGAAAGCCCCGAUAACGAGAUUGACACGGUCCUCCCGCUCGCCAACGAUCCCGAGUUCAAGGGUAUUGUGAAGACAACCGAGUUUAGGAUCGAGAAGUGA